AUGGCGGCCGAGAUGGAGCAAAUCGCUCAGCUGCUCAAUGCUACCCUCGAUCCUUCCCAGCACAGAAAAGCCGAAUUGGCCUUGAAGCAGGAGGCUUCAAAGCCCCAAUACUCGCUGGCUCUUCUUACCAUUGUCAGCAACGAAUCUGCCCCGGCCAACACGAGACUCGCCGCUGCUCUCGCGUUCAAAAACUUUAUCCGCACAAAUUACGUCGACGAGGAAGGAAACUACAAAAUCUCGGAGUCCGAGGUUCAGACCAUCAAGGAGCGCCUCGUCGGUCUCAUGAUUGCUUGCCCUCCUAAUGUGCAGGCACAGCUUGGCGAAGCAAUCAGCGUCAUUGCUGACUCCGACUUUUGGAGGCGGUGGGAGACCCUCACACAGGACCUCGUCAGCCGCUUUUCUGGCACUGAUCCCAAGAUCAACGUGGGCGUUCUCGAAGUUGCACACUCCAUUUUUAGCAGAUGGCGCCCUCUAGGAAAGACGGACGAACUGUACAUUGAAAUCAACCAUGUGCUACAGACCUUUGGCGAGCAAUUUUUCCACCUGCUUGUCACUACAGACAGGAAGAUCCAAGAGCAUGCCAACGACAAGCAGGCCCUUCAAGGCUGGUUCGAGACCCUCGAUCUCCAGAUCAAGAUCAUGCACGACCUUUCGAGCCACGAUCUCCCUCCCAUUUUCGAAGAGAACCUCUCCAGCAUAGCCGAACUUCUCCACAAGUACCUGACAUACACGAACCCGCUGCUUGACACCGACGACGAGUCUGAAGUCAGCGUUGUCGACACGGUCAAGGCCAACAUCUGCGAGAUCCUUGUCCUAUACACCUUCAAAUACGACGAAGAAUUUUCCCAGUACUGCCAGCCGUUCAUCACCAGCGCCUGGAACUUGCUGUCAGCUACUGGCACUGAAACGAAGUACGACACGAUUGUCAGCAAGGCUCUGCACUUCCUCACGGCUGUCACUGCCACGGCGCAGUACUCUGGAUUGUUCAAUAGCGAGGAUGUCAUCACGCAAAUCGUCGAAAAGGUUAUACUGCCCAACGUCACCCUUCGCGAAUCCGACGUCGAGCUAUUCGAAGACGAGCCGAUCGAGUACAUUCGUCGCGAUUUGGAAGGCUCCGACAACGAUUCACGCAGACGCUCUGCCACUGACUUCCUCCGCAAGCUGCAAGAGAAAUUCGAGAGCCUCGUCACUACCGCAGUCUCUAAAUACAUCAACCACUACCUGAACCUCGGAAAGACGGACUGGAAGGCCAAAGACACCGCUAUUUACUUAUUCCUGUCUAUUGCCGCCAAGGGAGCCGUUACCGCUGCGCAGGGUGUCAAGACGGUUAAUCCCCUGGUCAACAUUGUUGACUUUUUUCAGCAACAUGUUGCCUCGGAUCUUGUCGCCUCUGAUGACUCGGAGCCGAUUCCCAAGGUCGAUGCUAUCAAGUUCCUGUACACAUUCCGAAGUCAGCUCAACAAGGAGCAGUGGAAGCAAGCCAUUGGACCUCUGGUUCAGAAUCUCAACUCGUCCAACUACGUCGUUUACACGUAUGCCGCUAUCGCCGUCGAGCGUGUACUUUUCUUGACAGACGACAAUGGUAACCACACGUUUAACCGCCAAGACGUUGAGCCUCUAUCCAAGGAUCUGCUGGACCACCUCUUCAAACUCAUCGAGAAGGAUCCCAGCCCGGCAAAGCUGCAAGAAAACGAGUUUUUGAUGCGCUGUGUUAUGCGCAUCCUCAUCGUCAUCAAGGAUGGCGCCGCCCCGAUUCUCGACAACGCGCUGACUCACCUUAUUGCUAUUACGAACAUUAUGAAGCAAAACCCCAGCAACCCUCGCUUCUACUACUACCAUUUCGAAGCCAUGGGUGCCUUGGUUCGUUACUGCGCCGCUACCAAUGCCCCGGUUCUCAAUGCCAAGCUUUGGGGCCCCUUUCACGAGAUUCUCGCCGAGGACGUGACAGAGUUUAUGCCCUAUGUUUUCCAGAUUCUCGCUCAGCUUCUCGAAUCGAGCCCUGCGGAGACCAUUUCGGACAAUUACAAGGGGCUCUUACAGCCACUGCUUGCAGCUCCCAUAUGGGAAACUAGAGGCAACAUCCCCGCCUGCACCAGGCUCUUGUCGGCCGUUAUCCCCAAAGCUUCUGCUGACAUUGCGGCGAAUAACCAGCUGGAGCCACUACUGGGCAUUUUCCAGAAUCUUCUCAGCAGCAAGAAAUUUGAACUGAAUGCCUUUGACAUUCUUGAUGCCUCUGUCAAGGCUUUUGAGCCAACUGUACUCGACCAGUACUUUGGUACUAUCAUACAACUCAUAUACACCAAAUUGCAAGGCAACCCUGGCCAGGCUCUCAAGCUUCGUUUCGUCCGCUUCUUCCACCUUGUCAGCUCCCGACUCGAGGCCGGUUACGGCACCGACUUUUUCAUCAAGCACUCGGACAAGCUGGACGAAAAGGCGUUCGCUCAGGUAUACCCGCCGUUUGUGCUCGCCGAGACGGAAAAGCUUGCUCGACCUGUUGACCGCAAGCUGGCCGUUAUCUCACUGACCAAGACACUGUGCGACUCGACCGUCUUUGCGCAAAAGUUCAUGAAGGGGUGGGGCAACACUUGCCGUAUCCUGCUGUCUUUGCUGGCCAACCCACCAGCCGUGGCGGCCGGCGGUGGUGACGAGAUUCUGGCCGAGUCGCCCGUGGAUGAUAUUGGCUUCGGCACCUCGUACACGCCGCUCAACACUUGCAAACCUCCGGCGCGUGACGAUUUUCCCGGGGUCCAAGAUGUACCGAAAUGGGUCAAGGAAUACAUGGUGGGCGCCAACCAGCGCCACAACGGCGCCUUGCAGGGCUUCAUCUCGGAGCGCCUGCCCCAGGACCAGCAACAGGCGAUUGCGCAGUACCUUUAUUAA